UAUCGUAUCUUUUCUUCUCUGUCACUCUGCAGCUCUCCUCUCCUCUCAUAUAACUCUAUCCCAUCCACAAGGAACCACACUUGCUUCCUUUAAAUCCACAAGCUCUGUGAGCCAUGGAAAGAGCACUUGCCUCCUUGUUGUCCACCAUCUACUACCCCUUUCGCCAUCAGGCAGGCCACCGUAGUAAGAACUACAGAAACGCUUACUACCACAGCACUGCAAGUACCAGCACCAACACUUAUUUCUUCCAAGGAAACAAUAAUAAGAUGACCAACAAGGGACGCCCUCUCUCCCUCCAGACAGUGGAGCUUAAAGUGAGGAUGUGUUGCGAAGGCUGCGAGAGGGUGGUCAAACAAGCCCUUCUGAAGCUUAGAGGAGUGGACUCGGUGGACGUGGAGUUGGAAUUGCAGAAAGUGACAGUGACGGGGUACGUGGAGCGGAACAAGGUGCUGAAGGAGGUGCGUCGGAGCGGGAAGAAGGCGGAGUUCUGGCCCAACCCGGACAUGCCGCUCUACUUCACGACGGCGAAGAACUACUUCCACGACGAGGAGUCGUUCAGAAACAGCUACAACUACUGGCGCCACGGCUAUAACGGCGACAAGCACGGCCACGUCCGCGUGCCUCAAAGAGGCGACGAUGCCGUCAGCAACAUCUUCAACGACGACGACGUCAACGCCUGCGCUGUCAUGUGAUCACAAGCACAAAAAUAUAUGCAUAUGUAAAUUACUAUGCAGAAGUGAACAGUGGUGUGGGUGGUGUCAGUGUUGAUGAUGGGCAGGGGCUUGCGGUGUGGCGUGUAAAAGUGGCUUGCUCGUGAAAUAAAUUCCCUACGGUUUUGUGAGGAAGCUAAUUAUAAUUUCUGUGACAGUUCGGUUUUAGGUAUGUAAAUUAAAGUUUUCUUCAAAAUUUAUUUCUAAAGGGUCCGUAUUUAUUUCUA